ACUUCCUCCUCUUUCUCACCAUACCCCUUUAUAAACAACUCACUAACAACUUCACUCACUCAAAUCACCAAGCUCAAUUACAAAUCUUCUCUCUUCUUUCCACUCCCAAAUUAUUCAUUCACAGAUAGCAAUGGCACUUGAAGCUUUGAACUCACCAACUACCAUAACCUCACCAUCACUAUUUCAAUUUGAAAAUACAACUCCAAGUUACCUAGAAUCUUGGACAAAAGGCAAGAGAUCAAAGCGACCUCGUAGCAUCAUGGAGCAACAACCAACUGAAGAAGAAUACUUAGCUUUUUGUCUUCUCAUGCUAGCACGUAGUGGCAAUAAUAAUUUUACUACUACUACAACCAAUUCAAUAACACCAAUUAUAUCAAAGAAUUUGUACAAGUGUUCAGUGUGUGGUAAGUCAUUUGGUUCUUAUCAAGCUUUAGGAGGACACAAAGCUAGUCAUCGUAAACCACUCUUUAACGGAGAAGUCAACGAACACUCCGUUACAACCACGACUAGUGCCACGUCAGCUAACUGCAUUAGUGGAAAGACUCACGAGUGUUCCAUUUGUCACAAGACUUUUCCAACUGGGCAAGCUUUGGGUGGUCACAAAAGGCGUCACUACGAGGGGAAGGUGACGUCAUCAUCAUCGGACGGUGUGGGGUCCCCUAAUAGCCUGCGUGGCUUUGACUUGAACGUUCCGGCUUUGCCGGAAUUUUGGCCGGGUUUUGGCUCCGUCGAGGAUGAGGUGGAAAGUCCUCAUCCAGCUAAGAAAUCGAGACAAUUUCUGUCGACUAAACUUUGAAUUAUUUCAAGAAAUUUGAACUUAGUUAUUUGGUGAAAAAAAUAUCCCUUCUUGUAAAUAUCGAAUUCACUUGGUGAGAGUGAUUAUUUGAUUAUCUAAUUGAUUCAAUUUAUUUUUUGGAAGUAA